AUGUUUAUCGACUCUCCUCCACCUGGACCGAACCUGCAGAGCCUGACCUGCGUGGCCACAGGCUUCUACCCCAAAUCCCUGAAGAUGAUUCUGAGGAAAUCUGGUGCUCCAAUAUCUGAAGAUCAGAUAAAAUCCACUGGAGUCAGACCCAGCGGUGAUGGAACCUACAAUCUGAGCAAGACCCUGGAGGUUCUGGAGAACGAGAAGCUGAAUGAAUACGACUGUUACGUGACUCACAGCUCCCUCAAAGAACCAAUCAUUGUACAUUUAGGUGUGCACUGGGUGUUUUGGCUGCUGCUCAGUGUAGGUUUGCUGAUUGGGAUCAUUGUACUCGUGUGUUGUUGUCUUUGUGUUGAAAACAGAAAAGACGCCUCUGCUAUCUUCGUGUGUUCUGAUCUGAUUUGUUCCUGUUUGUCUUUGUGUGACUCAGUGUAAAAAUCCAAUGUUCUGUAAUCCGGUGUAAUCUGAUCGCUCUUUAUUCAUUAUGUUGUGUUAAUAGUGCUGCAUACAGUGAAAUAGUGAAAGAAUCGUUCACUUUGUGGCACAAAUCCUCUUUUAACU